AUAUUUAGUUUUGUCAACCAUUCAAGUGCUUGGAGAAGAAAUUUUAAUGUCUUUUUUUUUUUUGAACAAACAUAUACCAACUUCUUAAAUAGUGAAAAGUUAUUUUUUUGGUAAUUUUUAAUUAAAAUGGGUGUGGGUCGUUCGAAGCCCGUGUCUGCGGAAGAGAACAAUCGCGCAUAUACGCUAUUCUUGGAGAAAUUUAAGAAUACCCAUUCCUAUCUGAGCGAACAAGAAAUUGAGCAGAAUGCUGUUAUGACAUGGGAUACAAUGUCGCCCGAGCAGAAGAGCCAAUUCCUAAAUCUGGGGGAGCCGGCUCGUGCUUAUAUCAAAAAAGAGUACUUGCCCACCAGCACAACAAAGCGCAACAGGACAGUUUCUACUGGGAAAGCUAGAUCGAAAGCGAAGCCGAAGACCAAGCUAAAAGCAUCUGCAAUGAGCAGGAAAUCGACAAAGGUUUCAAAGAAAUCGCAAAAGGCAAUCAGUUCGAAUGUAAAAGGAAAGGCGGAACAACGACUUGGACAAGGCGACCGCCGUCAAGCUAGGCGCGAAGGCAUGGUGCCUUCUAUACGAAGAAGAGAGAGACCUACUGAAAGAACUAGUUUCCACGAAUGAUAAGCUCAAUGAUUUAACUUAUGCACCGAGAAAUGACCAAUUUCUAUAUAGAAUUUAAUAUGGCCACUAAAUCACUAAAAUGUAUU